UCAGCAUGAUAAACAGAUUCCUCGCGCUCUGUGUGCUGGCAGCAGCCCCUGCCGCCGCGUACGUGCCCCAUGCACGUCCAGCCGUCGCGUCGCAGCCGCCGUGCGCCCUCACUGCGUGGCCCGCUUGCGCGGGCGCGCCGACGCGCGCCGCGGCGCCGACGCGCGCCGCAGCGUCGAUGAACCUUGGUGAUCGCUUCGUCCGGCUUGUCAAGUCGAACGUGAACCAGGCGCUGGGCGCGAUGGAGGACCCGGAGAAGGUGCUCGAGCAGGCCGUCGCCGACAUGCAGCGCGACCUCACCAAGGUCCGCCAGGCCUACGCUGAGGCGCUCGGCCGCCGGUCGCAGCAGCUGGAGCUCGUCGACAACUUGCGAGGGCAGGCGGGGGGCGACGCGUGCUGUGUAGCCAACGGGCACGGACUCCGCUGCCUUCCGCUGCCUUCCGCUGGGUUCACUGAGCUCGAGGCGAAGAUGGCCGAGGCCAAAGCCAAGAAGGACCAGAUCAUCGCGCGCGCCCGCACGGCCAAGGCCGCGACAAAGGUGAACGACAUGCUCUCCGGCAUCGGCGACGGCUCCUCGAUGGCUGCGUUCGACAAGAUGGCGGAGAAGGUGG